CAGUCCACUGUUACUCGGCUGCCCACUUCAGCCCACCACACCACCGGUCGCACUCGCACUCUAGAGAGAGAGAGAGAUCGAGAGCGAGAGCCAGGGAGGGAGAGGGCAAGGGAGAGGACGGAAGCUCGGGGAUGACGAGGUGACAACGCACAUCUCUACCUCAUUCGCUCCUCUCGUAGAGCUCACGACUCUCAGGAGCCCCUACGUGCUGAUCCGGCUCAUAUGCCAUGUGAUGAUUUUGUCUCGCCUUCGAGAGGGAGUUCAAAACUCCGGCUGGACUUCGCGGCUUCGGUAUGUUGAUCGAGAAAUCUCACGAGAAAUCUCACCAUUCUUAUGCGUUGUUUGAUCGAUUUUGACCGGGUUGUUGCCGGAGCCUGUCGAGGAGAAAGGCCGUCGAGACGGCCGUUGUUGCAACUUCUGGGAAAGGAUCCGGAAUGUUAGCAUGGGCUCGGUCUGUUGAUUCCUCCACGAGCUGCCAUGCAAGGUCAACGAGCUGGAGGAUUGGGUUCGAGGGCAACUGUUGGCCAGUGGAAAGAGAUCUCCAAGACGUUUGCAAUAGACAAUGCUCGGACUCCACGGGAUAUUUGGAAGUGUCAGUCAGAGCUGCGAAGCAACCGCAAUCGGAGGUGUGCUUUUCUGUAGCGAAUGGAAGCAAGUUUGAAUCAAAAGUUGAUGAGAGAGCAAGAGAUGGAGAGAGGUUUCGAAUAGAAAGAGAUCAGAUCAGACAAUACGCGCAGUCCAUCUACAGAACACUUGCAGAUCCACAGGCGGCGGCAGUCCCAACAGAACAGCGGUCUUCAGGCCUGCGGAGUUCGAUCCCAGGAGGCCAACUCGCAUGUGAUGUAAGCAAAUAUAGAGUUCAGACAGCAUCGGCAAAUCAGCUGCAUCCCAAUUCUAACGACAGUUUCGAGAGCAUAAAUUUUUCCCCUUCAUCACCCAUCACUGAUCAUCAGAGAGAGUUACGACGUACUGAAAUUGAGGCGGGAUUGGAGCCAGAAGGUACGAGGAGACAAAACGUUGGAGAGGAAGCUUCAGACCAAAUAAAUCGAGCUACUUCUCUGAAGAACGGGUUUCCACUGGCUGAGAGAGCAAGUGCUCCUGAGAAGUUCAUCGCGGAAGGGCUGGAUGAUUCUGAGCCAGCAAGACACGGCAGAGGAGGUCCUCAGAACAAGCGGUCUAGUAUUUGGGCAAAAAAUGUGGAACUAGUGGGACAUGGUCCUUUCGCCUUCCGUGAGAACAUUGUGGAAUGCAGUACACAUAUUGGUGUGAGUGAGAAGGAAGGCUUCGUUUUACAUGAUGUAAUCGAUGCACAGGCCUCGCAUGGAAGAGCUAAAGAGCCCACAGCUGACUCAGGGACACCGAGAAGCCAAAAUUCUCAUCAGAGGACAAUACAUCCGCAAGGACGUCAAGAUAGAGCCAAGACUGCCAAUGCCAUCCCCAGUAGUCCACAAUCGCAGGCUUUGACUGAUAGAGUUUCUAGAGGAGCAGCCUCUGAUGCGCUAGGCACCGAUUUACUUCCUCAAAGCAUUGGGAGUGAUCUACUUCAGCAGGGAACCACCCCAGCACGAGUCGAACGAGUCCAAAAUAUAUCACGGACGAGAAGUGGCGGUGAGAGAGACGUGGAGGAUACCUUAAAAGGCCGUAGAUAUCCGGAGAGAAUUGGAGACCUUAGAGCAACUACAGUAGCCACAGCUGGACGCCAACAUAAAGCAGAAAGAUCUGGGGAAAUACCUCCUGUUCGAACAAGUCAAGAGACAGUUGUAGGUACAGCAGGAGUUCUCACAAUUCCAGAAAGAAUCGGUGGGACGGCAGAAGAUCUGACAGCACGCGAAAUAGUUGAUGUUUCAGAAAGCCAUUCAGUCAGUGAAAGAGUUGGAGGUAGAGCAGAAACACAUUCAGCUCAAGACGGUGGAAGUGCCGAAGGUUUCACGAUUCGAGAAAGAACUGGAGGGAGUCCAUCCGAAGGCAACAAAAUUCCAGAAAGAAUUGGAGCAGUUUCAGACAGAGACUCGGCGGGGAAGGUCCAAGAGAAAGGAAAAGAAGAAAAGCUCCAUCCGAGGGAAGAGGGACAUCAACGGCAAAGCGAGUCAUCAGACGAAAGGAGGCUUCGGGCACGAAUCGACGGCUCAGGUGGUAGCGCCUCAGGAGGAGGUGAUGAGAUUGAGGAGCCCAAAGUCGUGCGUCCUGCACGGCCAUCGGGUGGGAAGGAUCGCCACAGCAAAGUGAACACUGCUAAGGGUCCCAGAGAUCGGAGAGUGAGACUAUCCGUCCCUACAGCAGUGCAGUUUUACGAUGUCCAAGACCGACUUGGCUUUGAUCAACCAAGCAAGGCCGUGGAAUGGCUUAUUCAUAAAGCCAAGGACGCAAUCGAUGAGCUUGGUCGUAUUCCUGUCGAUGGCAAGGAUGGACCUCGCGUACCCAGUGUGUGUACGUCCGAUAUUACACGUCACGUUUCGAUUUCCUCUUCUUACGGUGCGGGCGCCGUCUCAGGUCUUGUGAGUGGCACUUCAUCUUGUUCACCUGCAAGUUCAUUCCAAGGCCCUUCCAGUAUGUCGUAUGGAGAUCAGCUGAGCUUCUUAAUGAACCCAUCUAUUGCUCAGGGAAUGUUUGCGCCUCUACAGCCAAAUCAAGGAAAUUUUGCAGGUCCAACCUUUGGUGUAGGAAGAAUGGAUCUGACUAGGCCGAAUAGCGGAUCUGCGGAAGGAGGCAGAUCGAAUGAAUCAGCAGGAUCUCCAUUGGCACGUGUGGAAUCCAGGACAAAGGCGAGAGAGAGGGCAAGGGAGAGGACGAAAAAGGGUCCCGGAAGAGAUGGAAACCAAGGGAAAGUCACCAGCGGUGGUUCGCCGUCAUCCUCUCAGUCACCUCCUUUCCAUCCUAAUCCCGCAUUUAACUCCUUCAAUGCGUCAAAUUCCAUUCAGAGUUCUGGUCAUGGCUUGUCCUUACAGAGCCCACAUCAAAGCGCGCUACUCCCCGCCGCAUAUGACGGAAGCCCAUUCUCGAGGAUCAUGCAAGGUUCUCACCAAGCCACCUUUCAAAAUAUGAUCAUGCACAAUCCCCCUCUGGACUGUCAGUUUGGCGAUCAGACUCAAAGCCCUCUUCACAAUGCGUUUCUGGUCCAGCCUCAAGCUUCUUUACCAAGUCCUUCUCACACUAUGAACACGUUACAGCACCCACAUUUGCAGACGAUGCAAGUAAACGCUCAAGGAGCCCUUCACUUGGGUACCAAUUUCAAUCCCGGACCAUGUUCAUCUUCCUUCGCCGAGGCAUCUAUGUCCUCUCCUCAUUAUCCACCCGUUCCCACUCUUCCGAUAUCUCAAUCGCUCUCGAUUCCUCAGUUGUCUUCCCUAGGUAUGUCUCCUGCCAGUUCGCUAGGACCUCAUUACCCCACCGGAAGCCCGACACCGAUACCUCCAGGAUUUUCUCCCGGUCCUCCUGCUUCAGCAUUUCGAGCCCAUUCCUUGUCCAUAAGCCAAUGCUCAAAUCCGAAUCAGAAUCAUCAGCAGCAGCAGCAACAGCUUCAAGGAUUGUCAAGAGUUCAACGUCCAGUUCCGUCCUUCAGCACUACUCCAUCGACGUCGCAUGCCGGAUCUUCUUCGUCAAGGGCACAUGCACACCCGUACUACUCAGGGAAUUCUUCGACGGCACUCAUGGGCUGUCUUCAAUCCAUGCCAUCGUUCGCACCCAGAAGCAAUGUGGGCUACGAGCAUGGACAACGAGUGCGUCCUAUGAUGUCUCCUAAUCGAAUUCAUUCCUAUCAAGCAUCCAACUCUCAGAUACCGGCGAGAAUUCAUGGUCUCGAUGACAUGGAAGAGCUCGAGGAAGAGCCGAAUCCAGCAACACCAUCUUCUCCACAUCUUUCUCCCCACCCUUGAUUCGCUAUCAGCACUGAUAACCAACUUAGGGUUCUGAAACUUGGCCUCAAGUUUUUGAACCCUCCGGUGGUUCAUUUGCUGAUUUAAGGCAUUUAGGCAACCCCUGGAUUCUUACCAGCAUUCUAGUAUGUGCUGUACACAGAUGUAUAACACCAUUGUAGCAGCUCUGUGGGACUGGGGAGGAGUACAUAGAUUGACAGCAAUGAGAAACCAGUCCUUCUCUGGUCGACAUCCAGUAUGUCCGUUGCGGCUGUGAUUGCCGGGAAUCUCUUAUUCUGAUCAAUGCAUCAUCAGAACGUGCUUUCGAAUUAUCAGCAGAUUUGCGACUGAUAUGUUGGUAGCACGAAGGCAGGAGGGCAUUUCGAUGUAUACGCAAGCAGAUGGACGAGGACGAAAGCGCGAAGUUUUGAAAGGAUUGACGAUCUCGUCUGAGAAAGUUCAUCCUAAGCUUUUGGCGCACAGAUCCAGCAGGUUAUAUUCACAUCCGAGCUGUCCUAUACAACACGUAAAGUAUGUAAGUCUCACCUAUCACUAAACCAAGUCUUCGAGAUUUCAUCUAGGCUGCACGUAGUCAGCUGCUGUGAACGUGAAGGCCUCCCAAUGCUGUGCUGCUCAAAACUUGGUGUUUCGUCUGUAGGAUAUGUAAAUUGAGACAUUUCCUUAGUUUCAGAUAGAGGUCGCAUUCUUUGUAUAAGAAGAUUUAUCUUCUCCCUUCAAUUAUACAUCUGAAAGUCAGCGUCUUCGAAUUCUGACGAGGCAUGAAUGCUUCUGCAACAUGUACAUGUCCAUGUGUUGGCACAUCUUCAUUCCGUAGGAAGUACUUAGACACCCGGCCAGCUAAGUUGGAUCAACACAGGUCCAAGAUUAUUCUUGAGCUCUAGACCUGCAUGUAUGGAUACAUCUGAUUCCAGAUUGAAAAUAAGAACUCCAAUCUUGGAAACAAGGGAAAAAUCUUCUUCA